AAUUUGAAGUGAUUACAGGGUGUUUUGUUUUGAAUUUUUUGAAGCCUUUUACGACGUUCAGAUUUAGGUUUAGUCUAUAAUUCUGUCUCUAACUAACUGCCGAAAGUAUGGAAAAACCUAGUAAAGUCAUUUCAAAUGUUUUAAAAUUAUCUGGAAAUGCAUUGGAUUAAAGUUGUAACAUCCAAUUUUGUCGCCGUUGGCUAUAACUAGUUUACAGUUUCAUAAGCUUAUUUAUACACUUCUUAAGAAAAAUAUAUUGUUAAAACGUUUACAUCAACGGAUAUCAAUAAGACCGCAUUACGGACGAGCGACCCGACGAGCGUCAGGAUGUUGACUGGUAUGGAGAACGCGCUGAAAGAGGUGGACAUGCAGAUUGUCUAUCGCCGUCUCGAGGCGCGGAAACGGAACAUCACUGAUGGCGGGCGACUCUCGCGGCGGCACAUGGCGAUGGCGUACCGGGGCUAUCACGGGUUGGAGAGUCAAUACCAUGCGCUGCAGCACCUCUCCCAGGACACCAUGACUGCCACCAAAGUCCGCAACGACAACAUUCAGAACAGGCACGCGGAAGAGAUGAAGACGCUCAUCCAGCACGAGAAAAUUACCAAGGAGCGCACAGAGCGCGUGUUUCAGGCUCUACGUGAGGAUUUUACAGCACAGCUGGCUUAUCAGUACGUGUCUAAAAACCAGAGUUUCAAAAGGAAUUACAAGUCGCAGAAGCAGGAUCGAAAGCCGAGGCCGGUGUCCGACAAUCCUCAGCUGUAUGCGGAGGAAAUAGAGAAGCGGAAGUCCGCCAGGGCGGUCGGACCGCGAACGCUAGGGUCACUCCGACAGAUUGAGUCGUAUAAGGAUGAGCUGAAACUGAAUUUACCUCCGAUAAAGGAUUCGCAACAUGGCAGUGACGGUCUCUCUCCAAGGGUCAAUAUGAUGGGUGGAAAGUCGUACCAGGAACUGCAACACGAAACGGAAGAGCAUGAAAAUAAACAUGACCACAAAAAGAAAUUUACCACAUUUCCAAACAUAGAGAACGCACUGGGCGUAGAGAUCAAGUACCGUUUGAGACAGGAUGACGACAAAGAAAGCAUGAUAUCCGCGCCAGCUGCAAACCUGGAUGCCGAGAGUAACUACACCGGAAACAGCUCCCCGCUACCACAUGAAGCCGUUCACCUGGAUAUGGCUCAAAAUCUAUUGCAACUGAAGCGCGCUGAGGAGGCGCGGUAUGAGCGUCAGCGCCGCAAUCUGCCGCCCACACCCCUCGGCGGACGCAAACACAUACUUCCGCCACGUGAUGAUAAAUCUGAGAAGAGAGAGGCUUGGCGUAGGAUUCUCCCCGAUACUCCGUCACGGUCAUCUACAAUUUUCCCGGGUACGGCAAAGAACUCCAUAGGCCUUAAGAAGUUACUGGAUGCGGAGAUUUCUUUCGUGAGAGACCACUGGUCCCACUCGAACCAUCGACAGGAAGUUGUGGAGCUAGCCAAGGAACGCAACCGGUUGAAGCUAGCGGAACACCCACUGCCCACGUUCGACCAAAAGCGUUCUACGUCUGCUAUUCUGCGUGAAUACAAGGAAUAUAAGCGACAAGAAGAGGAGAGAAGAGUGGCAUUGACACACAUACUGGAAGGGGAGCAGCGGGAAGGCGAACCGGUGAUCGUCCGUCAAAUCUCACCGCAACCACGACCCGCUUCGCCCAUGGCAGCGCGCCGGACGGACUUCAUCAACAGGCUGAAGACGCCCUCCACGAGACUCCGUCCGCCCUCUGACACAAAGUCACGCCCUAGCUCUGAGCUAGCACCGACAGCCGGCAAACUAAAGAGGACGGAUAGUGAGAAAUUCCCCUCGGUCUCCAGAACGUCCUCGUACAAGGAACUUCCGGAAGAAGAGCUGACCGAGCUUCACAAGAACGCCAUGUUGACGACAGCUGAACGGUUAGAUAUUGAAAAAAAGAAACAAGAGGCUGGAGAAGUCCAUGGGAAUAAAAAGGAAAUGCGUGGUAAAGGCCAACGAAAGCUUCCCCGUACUCCAAACCAGAAAGCCGACACUGAUCAUCAAAUCGACGUUGUCGUGAAAUACCAGGCAAAUACUUGUGUAGCGCAUAUUGACAAAGACAGUGACAUGAUCAAUCGAGUUAAGUUAGCAAACCUCGGAGAAGAGGACGGUUAUGUGAAACGUAAAGGCACGCCUUUAAGUAAGGUAACUGCAGAGACGGACAUAAACGCUGAACACAACUCUUACACGCCUUUAAUCAAGUACCGAGAGGGCUCGGCCAUCAGCAAUGUACCCUUCCCGGAAGAAAGCAUCCACCGGAUGAAGGUUGCAAGCGCGCUCCACGACAAGGACCUCUGGCCAAAACUCGCAAAAAAGAUGCAUUUUAACUAUGACAACUUCACGCGGUCGGCGACGGCGGACACCGCAAAGCGACGCCUGGAGCUGAAGGCGAAACAGCGCCGGAAGAUCAAACAGAAGAAUGCGCAGCUGGAGGAGGAGCGCCGCCGGAAGUUGAAAGAGGCGGAGGACGCAAGUGAGCGUCCGCCAACCCGCGUGUCCUUCAAUGAGAACGUGAUUGUGUUUCAGACUAUUUGACACUAUUGCUACAAAACUUUAAAUUAAAGAUAUUUUUUUUCACAUUUGAAAAAAAACACUCUUAAAUAAACACAGAAAACUGUAGCGGUUUGAAAAAAAUGCUUUAAAAAGGGCCAUAUUUUCAUGUGAACGUGCUUGCGUGCGGACGUGUGUUUUGUGAUACGGCCGUUAAUAUGGAAUAUAACAUGAAUUAUAUUUAA